ACUCAGAAAAUAUCAUUAUUGUGCAGAGUUUUUUUAAACGUAAGCAGCCGUACUACGUGCGUCAAUGAACCAUUAGCCGCUCGGCGCUAGCGCUGCAGGACAAUGCAGAUCUGCUCUAGCAGCUACGCGGCUAAGCUUAGCCGGCUGAUUUAAUGUCAGAGGACUUGUGAAACGUCUGAACCUUCCACACACUCACCAGAGGAGCGAGGAGCGAGUACAGACUGCUAACAGGAUGACCAGCUCAUCAGCUCCCAGGAUGGUGAACAGUUACAAGAGGACCUCGAGCCCCCGGUCGCCCACGAACAGCGGGGAGCUCUUCACCCCAGCACAUGAGGAAAAUGUACGCUUUAUACAUGACACCUGGCAGUGUGUGCUCCGAGACAUCAGGUCAACACAAAACAGUGAACGUAAUGACCGUGGACCACAGGAAUAUGUGGAGAAGAACCCAAACCCUAACCUACAUUCUUUCACACCAGUGGACUUGAGUGACCUCAAAAAACGCAACACACAGGACGCCAAGAAAUCUUAGUCUUACCUAUGAUGACCCAUCCGCUUUUUUCCACCCUUUAUCCUCAAGAACUCUUCACCCAUCAGCCCUCUGUCAGCCAGAAAGUUAGCCCUGUUGGCCAGUCUAAGACAGAAUGCAAAUCUUGUGUCUAUACUCUGGACCAUAGCAAUCCCUGUCUUUUUUUUUUUUUUUUAAUCCUCUGCAACUAAGAAGGAAAGAAAAACUUGGAUUUCUGGGAGAAAAAAAAUCUCCCCUCUCUUUUUCAGUUUCGUUUUCCUUUUUUUCAGUUCACAAAAUUGUCACAUUUACGUGUUUAAUGUGAGCAGGACUGAAGCAACUAUUUGAAGUUCAUCAAAAUUUGCUGACUUCUUUUGCUGAGGCACAAACGGCCUCCCCAGGACAUGAAAGACAGCAGUCUUAAUCACAGUACCACUGCAACUACUUAAAUGACUUUGGAGGUAAAUGUGAAGGGCUGACUUCUAUUUUUGUUUUGGAAAAUAGAUUGCUAAAUUGUAGAAUGAGUUGAAUUGUCACAUUGGAUACCCACUUUAUGGGCAGAUUUUGAAAGCCAAAAUACAGUGUAGAAGGCCAACAUUUUUAUUAAACAUGUUCUUGCCCUCUGA